AAACACGUGGUGGGGCAAAGAAGUAUAGAGGGGAAUUGGGAAUCUUCGAGAAAAGCGGAGAGGAUUGUUCGGCUGGUGCACAUAGAUAGUAUAACGUGGUUGAACUGCGAGUGCACGAUCUCUGUUUAUCGUAGAAAUUUGUAAUUUUAGGAAUAAUGGCUGCAGCUAAUGCCAUUAAGAGACUUAUACCUCUAUUUGAUAGAGUUCUUAUACAAAGAGCCGAGGCUGUAACAAAAACAAAAGGUGGUAUCGUUUUACCAGAAAAAGCUCAAGCAAAAGUCUUACAAGGAACUGUUGUGGCAAUUGGACCGGGACAAAGAAAUGAUAAAGGAGAACACAUCCCUUUAAGUAUUAAAGUUGGUGAUGUUGUAUUAUUGCCAGAAUAUGGUGGAACUAAGGUAGAACUUGAAGAUAAUAAAGAAUUUCAUUUAUUCCGUGAGUCGGAUAUACUGGCAAAAUUAGAAGUUUAAGGUUCCAUUACAUUUAUGUUUGCAAUUUUUUUUAAGUACUACAUACUAUUUCAUAAGAAAUACACAAGCAAUGAAACAGUGAAAUGUAAGUUAAUUUCAUACGAACUUUGAUGUUUAUCAUUGUAGCGUACAUAAUGAUAUUCCCUUAUGUAUCUACUGUUACAUAUGCCAUGAUUUUGCACAUAUAAAAGGAAAAAAUAAAGCAUUUGUUGUGUUUAUGUA